AGCCCACUCAACUGUUCCUCCUUUUCCUCUUGUGCAGGUACGAAUCCAUCGUCAUGGGUAACGGCUUAGCCAAUCAGGUGUCUAAUCCUGAUGUGGAAGUUGACAUCACCAAACCAGACAUGGUGAUUCGGCGGCAAAUAGCAGUGCUGAAGGAAAUGACCAGCUGGCUUAAAGCUGCUUACACGGGCACUGACAUCUCAUUUGUCAAUGAGGAUGCCGGCAGCGGAGAGGAAAGCGGAAGUGGCUGCGACUCGCCCUCUUGUGACGGUGACAACGACAUCUACUUCUCCACCCCAGUGCCCGUUAAACCUGGCAUCAAGCUUAAUGCUGGAACCCAGCCCAGCCCUCUAGCGGUACACGGUUGGCACCCUGCAGUCUGGCACUGGCAGUGGCAGCGCUCCUGCUCGCCCUACUCACCCUUCACACGAGAUAAGACCAGCUGA